AGGAAGAGAAGCGGGUUUUCAGCCUAAAGCAGAGAAGGAAAGUCCGGAUUUUAUUCUUCCCAAUUACUUUUUCCCUGCGGAUAUCCAUCAUGUUCCAGUGGAAGAAAACGGUCUACAAGAGCGUCCUCCUUUCCUUUGCGCUGGUGGUGGCCGUGACGGUGCUGCAGCGUGGCAUGGCUCCCACGCAGCUCUUCCAAGGCCAACAGCCACCGGCCAAAGAGCUGACGCCUCAGGAGCCGCUCAAAACCCAGAAGAGGGAUGGAGUCAUCUCAGCUUCCAACAAUUUCUGGAAGAAGGAGAGCCCCGCGGCCGAGGAGACGGCACCAACGGAGAAGCAGGUGACGGCGUGGGACGUCACCACCAUCAACUGCUCGGCCAACCUGAACUUCACCAAGGAUGACUGGUUCAAGGGCCUGGAGCCCAACUUCCGCCAGUUCCUGCUCUACCGCCACUGUCGCUACUUCCCGAUGCUCAUCAACCACCCGGAGAAGUGUGACGGGGACAUCCACCUCUUGAUCGUGGUCAAGUCCAUCAUCACACAGCAUGACCGCCGGGAAGCCAUCCGCCGGACGUGGGGCCGUGAGAAAGAGGUAGGCGGCCAGAAGGUGCGGACGCUCUUCCUGCUCGGCGUGGCCUCCAAGGAAGAAGAGCGGGCCAACUACCAGAAGCUUCUGGAGUAUGAGAACUACAUCUACAAGGACAUCCUGCAGUGGGACUUCUUGGACAGCUUCUUCAACCUCACCCUCAAGGAGGUCCACUUCCUCAAAUGGUUCAACAUCUACUGCGAUCGAGUCCAGUUCAUCUUCAAGGGGGACGAUGACGUCUUUGCCAGCCCUGACAACAUCCUGGAGUUCCUUCAGGACCAGAAGGAAGGUAGCGACCUCUUUGUGGGGGACGUCCUCCUCAAGGCCCGGCCCAUCCGCAAGAAGGAGAACAAGUACUACAUCCCCAAUGCCUUGUACAGCAAGAACACCUACCCGCCUUAUGCCGGCGGAGGAGGCUUCGUGAUGGACGGCCCGUUGGCCAAGAAGCUGCACCGGGUCUCGGAGACUUUGGAGCUGUACCCCAUCGAUGAUGUGUUCCUGGGCAUGUGCCUGGAGGUGCUCAAGGUGGUGCCUGUGGCCCACGCUGGCUUCAAGACCUUCGGCAUUGUCAAGAACAAGAACAGCAAGCUCAACAAGGAGCCCUGCUUCUACCAGAGCAUGAUGGUGGUUCAUAAACUCCUCCCAGCGGAGCUGCUAGCCAUGUGGGAUCUGGUCCACAGUAACUUGACCUGCUCCAGGAAACUCCAGAUCCUUUAGCUCCACCUUUGCUUGGGUGAAAACUUAAACCAGUGGGAUAUCCAAACUCCCCCAUGUCCUUCCUCCAAGGAAGAGGACACGGAGCACCAAAGGAGAAGUUGUCCUGGUAUUUUCUUUAUUUGGAGAUUUUUGGAGACACAAUAUGGAUGGUAAUCGCAAAGGGAAGACUAUGCUGAGAAGGGGACGCUGGACAAUUUUGGGGAAGGGCCACAAAGAUUUGGCCUCCUCCUUCCUUUCCGUGAAGGGAAUGGUUGGCAAAAAAGCCAACUUUUUUUGUCGUCGUGCUCCUGCGGUGCAUUUCUCAGCUGCGGGCUGGUCCCAAAAGCGCAGAUACCAUUAUUUCAAGAUGAAUGAAUGUGUGUGUGUAAGAGACUGCGGAGUGUGUGUUUUGGAUGAAGACUUGGAGGCUGCAAUUCACUCUCCAUUGUGAUUAACUCCGUCAACGCGUUUACGCAAAAGGCUUGGAAGAAGAAGGGCUACUACGGCGAUGGUUAAUUCCGGGUUGUAAGGUGGAUACAUUAAUGAUUGUGCAAUGAAGGGGAACUCCUUUGCACAAGGAGGCGUUGGAUGGAUACCUCCUUACGCAAAUGUACAAAAGGUACAACCACCAGCAAAACCUGGAGUCUGCCAUCACUUUUCUCCCUUCUCCUCCAUAUUUUUGCCUCUGCUGGAGAUGUUUGUAUAUGUGUAUCUGUGUGAUCAUGUAGUUGGUGGAUCUCAUCCUUUGGUUCUCCAGCUCUUUUGGGCUUCUUCCAGUAGGCAUGGGCAAACUUGGGCCCUCCAGAUAUUUUGGACUGCAGCUCCCACAAUUCCUAACAGCCUCAGACCCUUUCCAGGCACCCAUGACAUCAUGCCAAACACACCUGGACUUCAAGAUCUUCCCAUAGCUUUGUGAGAAUAGUCUAUGUCUUACUCAUGACAUCAUACCAAACACACCUGGACUUCAAGAUCUUCCCAUAGCUUUGUGAGAAUAUUUAGUCUAUGUCUUAGCCCUCUGUUCUCAUGGCUAAUUUAGUUUCCUGGGAAGACUCCCCAUCAAUCCAAGGACCUUCACUUUCCCCUGUUUUCUGAGAACAAUUAUCACAAUUCAAAACAUCCUUUGCCUCAGCCUCGGCUGUCUACAAUUCUCUCCACACACAGGAAAGAGCCAGAGGCUGUUGGCUGCAAGCCAAAACACCUGGAGGGCUCAAGUUUGCCCAGGCCUUGUGGGGAGACUCUGGAGGCAGAAGUCCAAAACAUCUGGAGAACGAAAGGUCGAGACCCGUUGAUACGCAACGCUCUCCAUCGGACAGAUUCCUUUCCUCCCUCUCUUGCUUUUGCUGAGCCAAACUUGUGAUUUCACUUGUCCCAUCUGCAGGCUGGAAGGAAAUAAUGUGUUGAUGUUUUUUAUAUAUAUAUGUAUAAUAUAGACAAUGCAUGUUCUGGUGCAGGAAGGUUUUCUUUUCUGUUUUUAAUGCAGCAGUUUAAACUUUUUGGAUGAGGUUGAGACACAUCAAGAUGUGCCGUCGUUCUUGAGCAAAUGCGUCUUUGGGCAUUACUACUUCUUCCUUGGCAUAAUACGGAAAAUAUAUAGUCCUACAGCUCAAUUUAAAGAAAAGGAAAGGGGAAAAAAGCAGGUCAACAUAUUUCAGCCAAGCUUUUUGUUAUUCCAAACGAACAAUGUGCAGAAAUGAAACAAGCAGGUCGAGGAAGUCUUGCGUAAGUCAAUAAAAAUAUGUUGCAGCCUCUGAGUUCACUUGAAGGUAUUUUCCAAAUGCAGGCAGGGAUAUUCCUGAACUUGCCAUGGAAAAGCAGAACCAUGCAUAUUUAAUGUAUUGUCGAAGGCUUUCAUGGCUGGAAUCACUAGGUUCUUGUGGGUUUUUUCGGGCUAUAUGGCCA